AUCCACGAAUUCAUUCUCGCACCACCAGGUCACCUUUUGAUACCAUCGGAAAUCCCUCAGUAUUCACACACUGGUUGUUACUUUUGUUUAAGCACAACGAGGAAAGCCGGCAGUCAGCUUAUUAUUAGCGGAAGCCACCCCGCAUUCAUGCCCAGCAAGGCUGAAUCAAUCAACCUAAAUCAUAAGCUAUCAUCGACUCGACGUCUCUUGCCAACAGGACGGAAGAUCUCAGCAGACUGUCACCACGCUGCCUUGUAACAGUACAAUCUGCGCAGUCUUUCUAAACACCCUUCACUCGUACUGCUCAAUCCGCUUGUCACCUUGGUUCAACCUGUUCCAACGAGGCAAAUCCCUGGAUCAAAAACGUGGCACCUUACGUAUUCCUUGAUUAUGGAUGUUGAGGCGGUCAAAAUAUCGCCGUCAGGUUCAUCCCUCAGCUUGCCAGAUCUGCCUUAUGAGAUUCAGUUCAUCAUUUAUGAUAAUCUUGCAGCAUAUCCUGGCAGCCUUGCUUCCAUCAGUCGAGUUUGCAAAAGCACCCGAGAUCCAGCAUCGCGAGUGCUAUAUGACAAUAUCAAGGUUGAUAAUGGAGACCUUGCAAGGUUGUUUGCGGAACAGGAUAUCGGUUUAUUUGGGACCAUUUCUCCUUCUUUACAGGCGCUGUCGCGGAGCUCAUGGCAGAUGCGAUCGUCGUCUGGUGAUCUGCUAGAGCUUUCGUGCAAGAACAUGCAAUUGCUUGAGUUCCCACAUGAUUCUAACUUCUUUGAGAGCGCCACAGACCAAGAUUACCAUGAAGAGAUCAAGCAGAGAUUGAAAUCUGCUUUCAAUUCUCUUCCCAGCUCGGAAGGUAGGAUCAGCGACAUGAAUGCGUCGCAGCAUAAAGCCGGUAUAGUAGCUGCAUUUCGUGGCAUCCGAACGUUAGCUGUCGAUUUACCGGAGCAGGAAGAUUUUUUUCACUCUCUUUUCGAUAUCUUAAUCAAAAACGCAAGUCAGAAGCUUUGGAAUACUCAAUGUUUUUCGUCCCAAACCUCGAAAGGUCAUGACGCCGUGAUUAUCGAGAAGACGAAACCGGUCUCGCUUCGUACCGACGACAUUUUAAAGAAUCAUUUCUCUUUUCUACGAUCGAUUGAACUUCGCACUCCAUCAGCGCUGCAGACGACUCACAAUGACAUAUUUCAAGGCACUCUCGUGCUUCGGGGUUCUUGGCCUCUGUUUCCUUCCUUACGUGUUUUUAAGUUUCAUGGUCAUACAUUCUCGGACGAAAUAUGUGAAAAAUUUUUAUACGUUGCAAAGUCUGAGGUCAUCGCAUUGAAUGGCUUUGCAUGUAAUGGGCGGCAUUAUAUCUUUAACUCUAUUUUAAAUACCUCACGCACCGAGUUCGAGAACAGCAUCACCACUUUCUCCUGGAAGAACAUGAAUCCAUGUGUGAGUGUUUUGAGGGCGCUUGGGCAAAUGCUGGCUACGCAGGUCAAGUCGCUGAAGAGUUUGAGCUUGGUCCGUCGACGCCUAGAGAGAGACCUUCUUCGCUAUCAGGAGCACUUCAUAUGCGGCGAGUUGGAAUUCACCAAGUUCACGAGUCUGGAGUAUUUGGAUAUUGACUCCCGUUUUCUGGUCAGCUCACACUCUCAAGAUAUUGACGAUCUGCUCGACUGGCUCGGUCUUCCAACAUCUCUACAGACCCUGAGCUUGGAUGCAGUGACAAAUAAUGAAAUAAGAUAUUUCACAGCUUACUUAGAUAAUUUGCUCCGCGCCGUCGAAUUAGGCUUGCUCCCUAAUUUGAAAACAGUACGCUGUGGCUUCAUGGGCAUGCGCAAGGGCAGGAAGAUACAUAGUUGGAAGGUCUUAGGCAAUAUGCCUGGAAGGUUUUUGUGCCAUGGUGUAUGGCUUACAGGUUGGGAGUACAAUUCUGAACAAGAAGACGUUGAUAGCAUUGCGGCAAGAGUUAGAAGAAGAGCUGGACGAAGGAGAGGAUUGGCCACAUCAUAAACACAGAUUAAGAUGAGCAGACUUGUCUAACAUAACACUGCUAAAGACGGCACAUAUAUUCGGUGCUAAAUGGUUUCAUGACAUCGUGAUUACGGAGAAAAUGGAGAAGAUUUGAUACAAAGCA